AUGUCCGGCGAAGGUCCAGAGAGCAUCCCCACCUCGGCCGACUCGCGCUCCAAGCGCGCGGUCAAGAAGCGUGCCCUUACCCCCGUGUCGGCUCAGGCCUCGAACGUAGAUGCUCUCUUUGCCCGCCCCGACCAAGACAUCCGCAUUCCGGACUCGUCGACAGCGGUGGCCCGGUCGCGGAUCGCCCCGCCGCCCGAGAUUGUGACCAACGUACAAGGUUCCAGUGCUGGAGCUGGCUCGGGUGAGUUCCACGUCUACAAGGCCUCGCGGCGGCGCGAGUAUGAGAGAUUGCGUCAGAUGGACGUAGAAGUGAAGCAGGAGCAGGAGAACGAGGAGUUUGAGCGCAAGAGAGAGGAGCUGGCACGAAAGGAUGAUGAAAAGACAAGGAGGAACCGCGAGAAGAGGGAAAAGAUGAAGGCUCGAAAGGCCAAGGCCAAGGCUGGAGGAGGAGCUGCAAAGGCGUCUACAAACGGUACUAAGGGCCCCCGGAUUGCAGUGACCAGAGCAGACGACGGCGAGGAAGACACCGAGAUCAAGGAUGCACCGGUUGCAGCUGAGGAACCAAAGGGGCUUGUCAUCGAGGACGAUUGA